AAGUUAUAUAUAACGUUAUCUUUAAUUACAACUACUUCCUCUCUCCUGCGAACUGUUCUCGGUUCCUUUAUCCGAUCCGAUAUUCGUGAUAACAGAAACCCUAGCCUUCUCCUUCCCACUCUAUGUUUCUUACCUGGUUAUUUGAGAUCGAGGAGGAAUUCGCGUCUCUUCACGGAUUAUUGACAUCCGAAUGGAGGAAUCGCGGAGGUUUACAGUAGGCUACGCGCUGGCCCCCAAGAAGAAGCAGAGCUUCAUCCAGCCUUCGCUCGUGAACCUUGCCUGUACACGCGGCAUCGAUCUCGUUCCUAUCGACACUGAUCGCCCUCUCUCGGUCCAGGGGCCCUUUGAUUGUGUGCUUCAUAAGUUCUAUGGCGAGGAAUGGAAGGCGCAGCUUAGAGAUUAUGCUUUUAAGAAUCCCUCGCUCCCCAUCAUUGAUCCGCCGGACGCCAUUGAGCGGCUCCACAAUCGGAUCUCGAUGCUCCAGGUCGUCUCUGAGCUCGAGAUUCCUCAGGAGAAGGAAACUUUCGGAAUCCCCAGCCAGAUCGUUGUCUACGACUCCAUGGCUCUCUCCGAUUAUGGUGCCGUCGGUGCCCUGAGAUUCCCUGUCAUCGCGAAGCCCCUCGUGGCCGAUGGUAGCGCAAAAUCCCAUAAGAUGUCUCUGGUUUACCACCGCGCUGGGCUUCUGAAGUUGAAGCCGCCGCUCGUUCUUCAGGAGUUUGUAAAUCACGGCGGGGUCAUCUUUAAGGUCUACGUGGUUGGAGACUAUGUCAAGUGCGUGAAGCGGAAGUCUCUUCCGGAUGUUUCCUUGGAAAACUUGGAUAGCACUGAGGGUUCGUUGUCCUUUUCUCAGGUGUCAAACAUGACGACACAGAACAGGAACAAUGAGGAGUACUAUGAGAGCUUGCAACUGGAGGCUGAAAUGCCACCGCUGAGUUUAUUGACGGAUAUUGCGAGAGGAUUGCGGCAGGCUAUGAGAUUGCAUCUUUUUAAUUUUGACAUCAUAAGAGAUUCUAAGGCUGGGAACCAUUACUACGUGAUUGACAUUAACUACUUUCCUGGUUACGCGAAGAUGCCAUCUUAUGAGACGGUCUUGACAGAUUUCUUUUGCAAUGUUGUUAAUAAGAAGUCAGCGGAAGAUGGUGCGGAUUCAACUGUUGAAGGCAAGGGAAAUGAGAUGAAGCUUCUGAGUCGCACCUAUUGUGGUGGCACAAAGGAUGUUGAGAGCGAAAGAUGAAGCCCGGGGAAUGCCUCAGGCUUCUGAUAUCUCAGUUCUCCUCAGGAGUCUAAAAGAUAAAUUUCUCAAUAUUUUGAAAGAGAAGGUAGGAGCAUUCUAAAUGCGGUUGGCGUUGUCAUGCUUGAUGGAAUCCAUAGUUUAAUUGGUUUUUGACUAUUUCUUUCUUGAUGGAUACAUUGGUUGUUAACCAGAGUGUACAUUCUUCACUAUGCUGAUGAUAGGUAUUUUUUCUCCCUAAUUUUGGAAUACGUAACAUUUUAUCAAUUCUAGAGGUAAGUUUGAAAGAUUUGCACUGCUUCAAGCUGUCUGAGGCCUGAAACAUGGCAUCUAUAGUGCCAUGUUUUUAUUACCGCUGCCUUUAUGAUUUAUUAUCUGUUUGCAUUUGAGGAAGCAAAUGGAAUUGAUAUUGUUUUGUU